AGUUAGGUACUCGACCGACACAAGUCUAAAAUAACUAUUUAAUAAUAAUUAUUAUGAUCAUUUACGUAUUGACCACGAUAUACGAACGUUUAUUAAAUUGGUUUCAGUUCAUUCAGUAGUGCAAAUACUUUGUGCAUUGUAUUGUUAUAUACGUGUAUAAGUAAAUGUUUUUUUUUUUUUUAUAAUAUUAAUAUACAUCGAAUAAUAUUUUGUAGUUAAUAAUUUAUGUGAAAGAAAUGCAAGCAAUUAAAUGCGUCGUUGUUGGAGAUGGAUGCGUCGGUAAAACCUGCCUGCUCAUCAGUUACACGACGAAUGCUUUCCCGGGGGAAUACUUACCUACAGUAUUCGACCACUACUCUGCGAACGUGAUGGUGGACGGGAAACCCAUCAACCUCGGAUUAUGGGAUACAGCUGGACAAGAUGAUUAUGACCGUUUGCGGCCCCUCUCUUACCCACAGACUGACGUCUUCCUGAUAUGCUUCGCUAUCGACAAUCCAACAUCUUUGUCGAAUGUUCGAACAAAGUGGUAUCAAGAAGUAAAGCACCAUUGUCCAAAUACACCGAUCAUAUUGGUCGGCACGAAGCUUGAUUUGCGGGAUGACAAGGAAACAAUUGAGAAUCUGAAAGAGGGAAAAUUGGCACCUGUUACGUAUCCACAGGGGUUUGACAUGUCAAAAGAAAUAAACGCCGUGAAGUACAUAGAAUGUUCAGCACUGACGCAAAAGAGUUUGAAGACUGUAUUCGACGAAGCCAUACGUGCUGUCUUACGGCCCUCGCGGCCGCAGAAACCAAAUCGUAAAUGUAGUAUUUUUUAAUAAUUUGGAAUUGUAUUUUAAUAUUUUAGUUUAUAAUAAUUUUUAUUUUAUUUCACAUAAUAGGAAAUUGUAAUAGAAAAUUUAAUAACAUAAUUUUUUUUUGUCUGUA